AUGUGGAGAUUAAAGAUUGCAGCAGGAGUAGAUAGUCCUUAUUUGUAUAGCACAAACAAUUAUGUGGGACGGCAAACUUGGGAAUUCGACCCCGAUUAUGGAACGCCGGAGCACCAGGAGGAGGUCAAAAGAGCCCGCCAGCAGUUCUGGAACAACCGCCACCAGGUGAAGCCCAGCAGUGAUCUUCUCUGGCGGAUUCAGUUUCUGCGAGAAAAGAAUUUCGAACAGACAAUACCCCAAGUAAAGUUGGCUGACGGCGAAGAAAUUACCUAUGAAACUGCCAGCACUGCAUUGCGGAGGGCGGUCCAUUUUUUCUCAGCCUUGCAAGCCAGCGAUGGCCACUGGCCGGCUGAAAAUGCCGGUCCAUUGUUUUUUCUUCCUCCUUUGGUCAUGUGUAUGUAUAUUACUGGCCAUCUUAACUCCAUUUUUCCAGCAGAACAUUGUAAAGAAAUUCUACGCUACAUAUACUGUCACCAGAAUGAAGAUGGUGGCUGGGGUUUUCACAUAGAGGGGCAUAGCACAAUGUUCUGCACAACACUCAGUUACAUCUGCAUGCGUAUACUGGGAGAGGGACCUGAUGGUGGGCAAAACAAUGCCUGUGCUAGAGCAAGAAAAUGGAUACUUGACCAUGGCACUGUUAAAGCAAUACCUUCAUGGGGAAAGACAUGGCUUUCAAUACUCGGAGUAUUUGAGUGGUCCGGAAGCAACCCAAUGCCCCCAGAAUUUUGGAUUCUUCCAUCAUUUCUUCCCAUGCAUCCAGCCAAGAUGUGGUGCUACUGCAGAAUGGUUUACAUGCCAAUGUCAUACUUAUAUGGCAAAAGAUUUGUUGGUCCAAUCACGUCACUUGUUCUACAACUGAGAGAAGAGUUGUAUGAUCAACCCUACAAUGAAAUCAACUGGAGGAAAGUACGACACUCCUGUGCAAAAGAGGACCUGUAUUAUCCUCACCCAUGGAUACAAGAUUUGAUUUGGGACAGUUGUUACUUACUUACAGAACCUUUCUUGAAUCGUUGGCCUUUCAACAAAUUGAGAGAAAAAUCUCUCCAAGUCACAAUGCAACACAUUCACUAUGAAGAUGAAAAUAGCAGAUAUAUCACCAUAGGAUGUGUGGAGAAAGUGUUGUGUAUGCUGGCGUGCUGGGCUGAGGAUCCUAAUGGGGAUUAUUUCAAGAAGCACCUUGCUAGAAUCCCAGAUUACUUGUGGGUAGCUGAAGACGGAAUGAAGAUGCAGAGUUUUGGCAGUCAAGAAUGGGAUACUGGUUUUGCCAUUCAAGCACUGCUGGCUAGUGAUCUUACCGAUGAAAUUGGAGAAACUCUGAAGAAAGGGCAUGAUUUCAUAAAAAAGUCUCAGGUGAAAGAUGACCCUUCUGGAGACUUUAAAAGCAUGUAUCGACAUAUUUCGAAAGGAUCGUGGACAUUUUCAGAUCAAGAUCAUGGAUGGCAAGUAUCUGAUUGCACAGCAGAGGGGUUAAAGUGUUGCCUUCUCUUCUCAAUGAUGCCUGCUGAGAUAGUUGGUGAGCAAAUGGAGCCUGAAGGAUUCUUCAAUGCUGUCAACAUACUGAUUUCCUUGCAGAGCAAAAAUGGCGGUUUAGCUGCAUGGGAGCCUGCAGGAGCCUCAGAAUGGUUAGAGUUGCUCAAUCCUACAGAGUUUUUUGCGGACAUUGUCAUAGAACACGAGUAUGUGGAAUGCACUUCAUCAGCAAUUCAAGCUCUUGUUCUGUUCAAGAAAUUAUACCCUGAACACCGGAAGAAAGAGAGAGAAAACUUCAUUGCAAAGGCUGUUAAAUACAUUGAAGACAUCCAGAGGACUGAUGGUUCAUGGUAUGGGAAUUAUGGUGUCUGCUUCACAUAUGGUUCCUGGUUUGCUCUUGGAGGGCUAGCAGCAGCAGGAAGGAACUACAAGAAUUGCCCAGUAGUUAGAAAAGGUGUUGAUUUUCUACUAAAAGCACAGAGGGAUAAUGGUGGCUGGGGAGAAAGUUUUCUUUCCUGCCCAAACAAGGAAUAUGUCCCUCUGGAAGGAAAUCGCUCAAACUUGGUACACACUGCCUGGGCUAUGAUGGGCCUUAUUCAUUCAGGCCAGGCGGAUAGAGAUCCAACCCCUCUCCACAGAGCAGCAAAGCUUUUGAUCAACUCUCAGCUGGAAAAUGGUGAUUUUCCCCAACAGGAAAUCACAGGAGUUUUUAUGAAGAAUUGCAUGUUACAUUAUGCAGCUUACAGAAACAUAUACCCAUUGUGGGCUCUAGCAGAAUAUCGAAAAAAGGUUCCGUUACCAUCCAAAACCAUUUAA